AAUACAAAUCCGCAGGGACUAUCUGGGGAUCAUUUAAGAUGAAGUGCUUCGUGGCGUAUUGUCUGGCGAUUUGCGGCUUUCUUGCCCAUCAAAUUUGCACGAAGCCUGCAGAGGAGACAACGCUGUCCAUCAGCACGACGACUGAUUUCAACUAUGAUGACUACGAAACUCAAAGGGACUUGAAAAAUUGUACAAAACUAUCCCCUGUGCUUAGUACGACCAACAAGACGUACCAGUGCAGUCACCUGUGCGAGGAAGGUGGAUACGCUGAUGAAGAGAACGGAACGGAAUGCAUGGUUAGUCGCCUUCAGAACAGCACGUUAGAUCAUGGGGAAGUGGGCGAGACACAGGGAGGUGGAGGUGGAAAGCAUGGAAACGCGACACGUGUGUAUGUCUUCGUUAAUGGGACAUGUUGGAAUGGCACGUGUAUUGAGAAACGGGAAAGAACCACAGAAAGCGCUACUCACGCCGUCAGUACCAGCACUGCUUUGUCGGACAAAUUGUGACUUUGCUGCAAAAUGUGACGUGCAUAAAUGCAUUUCAAAAUGUC